UUUUUAUACAAUUUAUUAGACAUCCAACAGAAUUUAUUAAGACUUAAUGCCAUACAAUUUAUAACAACCUUUCUCCUCCUACAAAUUAUGUAAGUGGAAAGUUUCUAAUCUCAUCACAUUUUCUAUUGUCACUAACUUCAUUUGAAACAAUUCGACACAAGCUGUUGCGUAAGCAGUUAUCAUCACAUCCUCGAGCCAAAAUGAAUGGACUGUUUGACAUUCUGAAUCCAUAAUAGUCAGUCAAUAGUCGACGACUUCGUGACAAAAUAUUUGACACGAAAUUAUCUAAUGAUGCUGGUGAUGUGUUGCUGAUACCAAAGUGUUGUGUGAAUUGAUAAAGCUGUCGCCAUACUGGACUAGUUGCUGGGUUCAAAUUGGCUUCGUUCAUGUUGUAUGACCAAGAUUCCUUCUCCUAUACUCACGAAAUGAACUCGGUCAACAUGAUAAACAUUGUAAUUUGGACUAUGUCCACUGUGAGUUGUUACUGUACCUCCAACCCAACCAGCAUUGAUAGCAACUGUAUGUUGAUCUCUAGCAUAGAAAACUACAACAUCAUCUUGAUGAGAAUGUCCAAAGAAUUGAGCGCCAAUAAUCCUGUGAAAUCUUUCAAUCACUCUUCGAUAUUCUCUUGACCACCAACGAGAGCAACUAGAUCCACCACUGCUCAUAUGUGUGACUACAUGAACCAUCUCUCCAGCUCUUUCAGCAGCCAAAAGUGUGUCGUGGAACCAUUGCAGUUGCUCUGCUAUUUGAUCAGUGCUGUACAUCAUCCAGAAGUUCAAAUUAUAACAAUCAUUGUUGUUCAAUCCAAUAAUUCGGAGUCUCGAGUCUGGUGAAAGUGCUGUAUAAUAUCCACCACGACGAAUUGUUGCCUGUGUUGAUGCUGGAAGCCAAUGACUCCAAGCCGUAGCUACAAAAAUAAAAACAUUGAGUUUAUCCUUAUCGCAAAAUAAUUAGGAAGCUCACCAGCAUGCUGAUAAAGCCAAUGAGUUGCUAGAUUUGGAUCUGUGAUGU